AUGGCUGAACUCAAGCUUGCAUUUGAAUCAGAUUCACAAGUGUGUAUGCUUAAAACCACAAUACUUGAAGGAUGGCCCGAGUCUAGAAAGGAUUGUCCCAAGUCCAUAUUGGAAUACUGGAACCACCGUGACGAAUUGUCAGUCAUUGAUGGUCUGAUCCUCAAAGGCCCCAAUCGCUAUUUUGAGGUAAACAAACUAUCCAACACCUCCAGUAGCUCCGUAAUCGCUAAGCUAAAAGUCAUAUUCGCCCGCCAUGGCAUUCCCGAAAAGUUAAUAUCAGACAACGGUCCGCAAUACAGCAGUGACAAAUUUUCUAACUUUGCGCGUACAUGGGAUUUUAUUCAUGAAACAUCUAGUCCGUUAUACCCGCAAUCCAACUGUUUAGCUGAAAAAAAGAGAAUAUUCACUAAAGCUAAAGCUGACCGGAGAGAUCCGUAUCUCGCGAUCCUUGAAUUCCGUACUACACCUCUGGAAUCCGUCGCAAAUGCUCAUGGGUCGACGUCUCCGAUCUGUCAUACCUACAUCACAUGUACAGCUUAA